AUGGCACAGGCGGCAGCCGGGAGCGGCGCGGGGCGCAGCGCCGGGGGCGGCGGGCAUGGGCCACGGCGCGCGCACACACUCGCCCUCCGCCUCGCCCGCACCCCCGCGCACUCACACUCGCUCCCGCGCACACGCCCGCUCACCCGCGCCGGGCGCCGGGCCGCCCGCCGGCCGCUCGAGCUACGCGCCGCGCGCCGGCCGGGCCGACAUGGAGCAGCCGGCGAGGGCGGCGGCAGCGGCGGGGGAGGGGGGCGCGGGGCGCGGAGCCGGGCGCGGGACGACGCCGCCGCCGGCCGCGAUCAGGGCGCGCUGGAGUCGGGGGGCCAGGUCCAGGGCCGGGCGCGGCCAGCCAUCCAGGAGCGCGGCGCGGAGAGCGGGAGCCGCCGGCGGGGACCGCGCACUUUGCUCUUUUUGUUGUGCCGGCGGCGCGGGGCUGGCGGAGCCUUCCUCUUGCGGGAGGUGCCGGCGGGGGAGAAACACACGGGAGGAUUCACGCCGGCGACGGAUUCACGGCGAAACAGAAAAAAUAAAAAUCAGAAGAAAAGGAACGGCAAAAAAAAAAAAAAAAGCCACAAAAAACCGCGAGAGAGACAUCCAAAGGAUGGAGUAGAGGAGACGAGGAGGAGGGAGAGAAAGCAGAGAAAGAAGAAGAAGAAUUCGGGGCAACAACUAAUAGAAUAUGUAAGAAAAGAGAAAGGGGAGAGAGGGGGAGAGAAGAGAGCCAGUGAGAAAGAGAGAGAAAGAGAGAGCGAGAGCGAGAGAGAGAGAGAGAGAGAGAGAGAGAGGGAGAGACGCGGAGGGAGGGAGGGAGAGAGAGGGAGAGAGAGAGGGAGAGACCCCAAAAUUGAAUGCGUUGAAACGGGAGGACUCGCAGAGCAAUGUUUCCGAAAGGGGGAUCUGCGCGAAUGUCUGUAUAUAGUGAACUUUGACACUACUAUUGAAACUGACACGUUUCUAUGGAGAUCGCUGCCUUAUAUGGAGCUCGUGUCAAGGAGCCAAGAGAAGGGCUGCUGGCAACUGAUAAUCAAAGGCGACUGACUGGUCAGAGCCCUGAAUGGGGGGGAGAGAAAA